CUUGGGUAAAACCAAAAGACUCUCUGCAUCAAAGCAGUAGAUCGUCUACGCUUAGACAGUCAACAUGAUAUCCCUUAAGAUAUACGUGCUAUUGGCUGUAACUGCUGUUUUUCUCAAACCUUCUCUCGGCCAAAGUAAGGGGCUUAUUUAUGUAGUCUUCCUAGGACACUCUGUAGGUGCUUAUGGUGUCGUUGCCAAAAUUUUCAUCGAAAUGAAUCUCUGGGAAAAAUAACUUGUUUGAACACCAAAGUUGCCAGUAGUUUCUAACUCUUUAAUAAGAGAGUGUGUGUAUUUAUGGGAAAAAAUUUUUUAAAUGCUGUUUCUUGUGUUUGUUGCUGCAUGAAAAAGAAUGUAGUAUGUUUUCAAGCCAAGUGUCCCAUCCAGCCGGAGUUUAGACCAACGCUUCAUGCAGAUAGAUGAAUCUUUAAUUUAUUUCUUAGAUCACUGUUUUUCUUCGAACGCGAUGGCUGCUCUAAGGUUUUGUUAGUUUAGUGGAAUUUUGUCGAAAGUUUCAGUGGAAGGGGUUAUUUUCUCUGUUAUGUUUCUCAUAACAUUCCCUUCUUAUAGGUUGCGGAAUGCGCAUGGCAUCUAGAGUGGUAAAUGGACAGAAUGCUCAGCGCCACGCCUGGCCUUGGCAGAUCUCACUACGGUACAGGGGUGGGCACAUUUGUGGGGGAUCAAUCAUAAGUAACUGGUGGAUUUUGACUGCUUCUCAUUGUGUCGAAAAGGAUCGGAGCCCCAGGGGAUAUUCUGUUGUUGUGGGUAAUUAGCCACGAGUUAGUUAUACGAAAAUUACUUUUGAAUUUGUCACUAAUAUUACACAAAAUACAUCGCACUUGACUUGCAACCGGUUUUCAGUAGGUAGUACAUAGAUAUUUCUUUUUAUUUCCCCUCUAUAGAUAAUUGUUUAAAUCUCUUUUACUACUCAGUAUCAAGAGGUAGCUAAAAUUAAUCUUUAAGGGAGUUAUUAAUGCUCCCUUAUUGCUAGCUUUAACAUCAUUUGGGCCGAACACAAAAUGCCUCUUUAAUUUACAGGAAUUGAUGAACAAUUGAAUUAAGACUGGUCAUCUGGAGUUUAAAAUUUAAAAAACACCGUGGAAAUAAUUAUUUGGUUUUCUGAAAACCUUUUUAGAGUGAACUGCUCGCCAACUGGGAAUAAAGGUUUACACCCACAUUUGUAGCCUGUGCUGAAAUUGGCUAACAAGGUUUCUGCUUUGACAACCCUUUUAAUCUCUUAGAAGUUAACCUUCUUUCCAAGGUUUUAAACAGGCUUAAACUUCAUUUUGUUCAUAGGACUACAUGCCCAAAGAGAGCGGCCGGGUCAAGACCAAAUAUUUGGAUUACGUAGAGUGAUUAUGCAUGAGCGAUAUGGACAAUUGAAUUUCGAUGUAGCUCUUCUGCAGCUAAACAGGCCAAUCCGGAUGAGUUACAAGGCAAAACCUGUUUGUCUGCCACAACAAGGAAGUAGAGCUCGGCCUGGUUCACAAUGUUACAUCACAGGUAGAAUUAGGUUAUAAUCGGAACACAUAAAUCGUAAUUUUUUUUGUACCAUUUAACGUUCAUAAACUUGAAUGACAGAGUUCAAAUUUGGUCUGAGAAAUUUCGCUCCUUUGAGAUUAGGACGCACGUUGUGUAAAUUGUAUCGCUUCCAUCGGCGCUACGCUGGCUUGAUAGAUCAACUGAAUAAAUGAGCUUUCUUUUAUCUUUUGUUUACAAAAUAAGGAUGGGGGCGUACAGUUGGAGGAGGAUACGGAGCUAACAUUCUUCAACAAGCAAUGCUGCCAGUUGCUGAUGACAGAAGAUGUUCUUAUGUUAACGGAAGACUCGGUCGCGUAUACAGUGACACCAUGAUCUGUGCUGGAGGACAGGGACGCGGAGGAUGUCAGGUAACCGUACAGACACUGUUUUAAUCAAUCGAUAAAUCGAAUUAUUUUAAUGAGUACUCACUUUUUAUGAGAGGGGCCAGCUCGGAAAAUAUUCGGCUGGAAUUUCUAACGUAGGCACCAAGUGCUAACUUAUUUGUUGACGACGAGCUAUCACAAGUGUAUGCGAUUCCUACCACCGGUUUUUUGUGUGUUCGUUUGUUUUUAUUUCUCGUUCUGUGAGACCAUAGUUGUGUUGUUAGUUUUUCAUUUCCUUAUUCAUUUGCUUCCAUUUGGUUUUUAUGACUAUUUAUUUUUGGAUAAAUUUUCUCUCAAUAUCUGUAGGGAGACAGCGGUGGACCUUUUGUAUGCAAUGAAGGCGGGCGAUGGGUUCUCCGCGGAGCUGUAAGUUGGGGUCACGAGUACUGUAGGACCGACUACUUUACAGUGUUCGCCCGAGUCAGUACCUUUACCAACUGGAUAAGGCACAGGACUGGUUUAUGAUGGUAAGAGAAACAAAUGAAAUAUCCUCCGGGUCUGAAAAAAUGCAAUUUUGAAAAAACUGUGAUGCUCUCUGGGGAACCCCCAGAACUUUGCGCACAUGCCUUUCGACCAAUAAGUUUCCAUCAGUUGAAACAUAAUAAUCUUCAAGCCACACUCUUUCUUUCAGAGUCACAUACAUUUGAAUUUCCGUGACAGGUGACCCUAAUUUCAUAUUUAUUUUUUCUCCUCUAGCGGUGGACUGAAGAGGCCAACGAACCAGAACUAGUAGUUGAUAUUUGUAGUAGGAAGGAAGAAUAAAGCUUUAACCCUUUACUUCAGG